CUUUGCCUUUGAAUAUCUUCGUGGGUGCACAUCCAAUUUGUUCUAGGGGAAUGACGACAGCGCAAGCAAGCCAAUCACGUCACAUUCGAUCCCCUGAGACAAGGAACUCUGUUCUACUGAGUCUUCUGUGAACCCCCUUUGCCCAUCUUCUCAUUCCUUAUCCCGAAGCUCCCCACGUUACUAGGCGGCAUCAAAUUCCAAGACUCGUCCCCCGCCCCUGCCCGUCCGUGGCGGUCUGAUAUCGACAAAGGAAUCUCAAACGGUCUUCAACGCCGAGCAAUCUUUUCACUAAACGCACAAUCAAGGAGGAUAACGCGUUAAAACUCCAACCUUUAUCUCAAGCAUCAUUUUCUAAGUACACGAGCUACAACUCGUCGCCCUCACGAUGGAGAAGAUCACGGACAAGAUCGCCGCUCUGCCGGCAGACGCCAACUACUUCUCCUUGGAGUUCUUCCCACCCAAGACGGCCAUGGGUCUUUCUAACCUGCGCGACCGUCUGGACAGAAUGGAGAGGGCGUUGCGGCCUCUCUUCGUCAACGUCACCUGGGGAGCCGGCGGAUCUACCUCGACAAAAUCUCUGGAACUGGCCGAGAUAUGCCAGAGAGAGCUGGGCCUCACCACCUGUCUCCAUCUUACAUGCACCAACAUGAGCCGUAAGCUCAUCGACAAGGCCCUGGAGGACGCAAAGGCCCUGGGUAUCCGGAACAUCCUCGCCCUGCGAGGUGACCCGCCUCGAAAGAACGAGUACCGCGACACCGAGGACUCUGAGACUGACGAUGCCGAGGAUUUCGUCUGGGCCGUCGACCUGGUCAAGUACAUUCGCAAAACAUACGGCGACUACUUCUGCAUAGGAGUCGCAGCCUACCCAGAGGGACACGCAGAUGAGAGUCAUCCCCAGGGACAGAGCUUCGAGCACGACCUCCCGUACCUGGUUGACAAGGUCCAGGCCGGCGCAGACUUCAUCAUGACCCAGCUCUUCUUCGACAUCAAGGCCUACGAAAACUUUGAAAAAACCUUGAAGGAGCACCCCAGCGGCGCUUUCAAGGACAUCAUCCUCCUCCCCGGCCUGAUGCCCAUCCAGAGCUACCAAAUGAUCAAGCGGACUACCAAGCUCAGCCACGCCAAGAUCCCCAACAACCUCAUGGCUCGACUGGACGCGGCAAAGGGUGACGACGAGAAGGUCAAGCAAGUCGGUGUCGACAUCCUCAGCGAGCUCGUCGAGCAGGUCAAGGAGGUCAAGAGCAGGACGCCCGGUCCCAAAGGCUUCCACUUCUACACCCUCAACCUCGAAAAGGCCGUGUCCUUCAUCCUCGAACGGACGGGCCUCAUCCCCGACCCCAAGGACGAGGACGAAGAAGCCAUCAUAGACGACGGCCCGGGCAUCCCCGUCCCCGUCGCCGUUCCUGCAGUCCAGCUCAACGGCCUGUCACCGGUACCCCACCCGGCCACCCGCACCCUCUCCAACGGACGACGGCCAUCCUCAAUGGGCUCAGACCCGCACAACCGCAUCAUCGUCUCCGGAUCAGCCUCAAAUCCCGCAUAUGAGACGACGACCGCCGGCCUCAUGGUCUCAGAGCCCCUCAACACCCGCGCAAACACCCUCGCCAUCUCCGAGGGCGUCGGCGCAGUAGGCCGCGAAGCCACCUGGGACGACUUCCCCAACGGUCGCUGGGGUGACGCCCGCUCCCCCGCCUACGGUGAAAUCGAUGGCUACGGCGUCAGCCUGCACAUGUCCGUGACGCAAGCCAUGCGCCUCUGGGGCACCCCUAAGACGGUCCAGGACAUCAACAACAUCUUCAUCCGCCACAUCAAGGGCCAGCUCGCCGCCAUCCCCUGGUCCGAGGAGGAGCUCCUCCCCGAGUCCAACAUCAUCCAGCAAGAGCUCCUCGAGCUCAACACCCGCGGCUGGUGGACCGUCGCCUCCCAGCCCGCUGUCAACGGCAUCCCCUCCCGCGACCCGACCUUCGGCUGGGGUCCCCAGCACGGCUUCGUCUUCCAAAAGGCCUUUGUCGAGCUCUUCAUCCCCUCCUCGGACUGGGCCGGCCUUGUCGCCCGCCUCAACGAGGUGACGGACAACACAAUCUGCUUCUACGCCGCCAACGGCGCCGGCGACUUUGUCUCCUCCGACGCGAGCGGCGGCCUCGUCCUCGAGGGCACGGAGGCGAGCACAAACGCCGUCACGUGGGGCGUCUUCCCCGGCAAGGAGAUCAUCACCCCGACCAUCAUCGAGGAGGUCAGCUUCCGCGCCUGGGCCGAGGAGGCCUUCAAAAUCUGGGGCGAGUGGGCCAAGGUCUACGGCAAGGGCAGCGAGAGCGAGGCGCUGCUGGAGCGGAUAGGCUCCGAGUACUGGCUCGUCAACAUUAUACACCACGACUACGUCGAGAGGGAUGCGCUUUGGAAGUUGUUGUCCGGCGAGAAGGAGACCUGAAGAGGGAUCGGUAUUUAGGAUAAAAACCGGAAGGAAAAAAAAAAAAGGCAAAGGAAAAAAAGUAAAGUGCUAGGGGGCUUGGUUGUUCUAUAUAGUCCCGAUUACCCCUAGCUAGUAGCAAUGAGUGAAAGAGGAGAUACCCGUCAA